UUUCAGCUCUGUUAUUUCUGUUAUAUCAUCCUUCCUUAUUCUUUUCUCUUUCUGUUUCAUAUUAAUUACACAUGCCUGGAAACGCUUUAGCUCCCUCGCUGGCAAGUGUGCCUGAAAAUGGAUCCAAGUUCGAUAUCAUUGUUGUCGGUGCAGGAGUACUAGGAUCUGCGUUUGCAACUACUUUUGCAAAACAGAAUAAGCAGAUUCUCUUAAUCGAAAGAGACCUGAGCGAACCAGAUCGUAUUGUUGGAGAACUAUUGCAACCUGGUGGAUACAAAGCAUUGAAGGAAUUAGGCCUGGCUGAUUGUUUGGAGGGCAUUGAUGCCAUUCCCACAUAUGGAUAUGGAGUCAUUCGUGGAUCAGAACAUGUACACAUCCCCUAUCUCAUCGAUCCCGAGACCGGAAAGCAGGACCAAGGAAGAUCCUUCCAUCACGGUCGAUUUAUUCAGAAGCUGCGAAUAGCUGCGUCGCAGACACCAAAUGUUACUAUCGUGGAGGCAACUGCGAACGAGAUGAUUUACGAUGAUGAUGGUGUUCGUGUCCUUGGAGUAACAUGCACACCCAAGAAGGAUGCUUCCGUAGAAUCGACAACGCCAACAGUUACUGCACAGUACUUUGCGUCAUUGACAGUAAUUGCCGAUGGAUGCUUCUCAAAAUUCCGCAAGCAGUUCAUCCAGAAACCUGUCUCCACCACCUCACACUUUGUUGGCUUUGUUAUGAAGGAUGUCCAACUUCCAUUCCCAAACCAUGGCCAUGUUCUUCUUGCGUCCCCUUCACCUAUCCUUAUGUAUCAGAUCUCAGCCAGGGACACCCGCAUCUUGGUGGACAUUCCUGGGAAGCUACCCUCUGCUAGCUCGGGCGCAUUACGCUCAUACCUCGAGACGGUAGUCAGGCCACAACUUCCCGAAAGUGUACAGAAAGCAUUCAUGACAGCAUUAGAGACCGAACGAUUGAGAUCGAUGCCAAACAGUUUCUUACCACCAUCGACUAGCUCAGAGUUGGGAGUCAUUCUUUUGGGAGAUGCUAUGAACAUGCGUCAUCCGCUUACGGGAGGUGGUAUGACUGUGGCGUUGAAUGAUGUGGUGUAUUUAAGAGAUAUGCUCAGGGGAGAUGUGACAAAGGAUCAAGAAGAGACCAUGGUCCAAAUGGAAUUAUUUUUCUGGAAGAGGAAAGAGCUCAGUGGUGUGAUCAACGUCCUCGCUCAGGCCUUGUAUGCACUCUUUUCUGGUGCAGAUGAGAACCUGAUUGUUCUUCGUGAUGGAUGCUUCAGUUACUUCAAGAUGGGAGGCGAAUGCAUUGCAGGCCCAGUUGGGUUGUUGUCGGGUAUCACACGUCGUCGUAUGGUAUUGGUAUAUCACUUUUAUGCCGUAGCACUUCACUCGAUCUGGCUGAUGUUCCACAAAGCCACCUGGGCAGAGGUUCCAGCUACGUUCUUUAGAGCAUUUAGUGUGAUGUGGACUGCCUGUGUGGUAUUGUUGCCAGUGAUGUGGAGCGAAUGCAAAGCAUAGAAACGGUUUAGAACUUUUGAAGGUUGUUGAUGGUGGCUGUGGCUGUGGCUGUGGCUGUGGUUGUGGUCAUGGCUAUGGACGUUAUUUUUUCUUUUACUCUUAUCAUAUUUACACCUG